ACAGCGCUCCGCCAGCAGCAUGCCGGGGCUCCGCGCCGCGCUGCCCGCCGCCCUCCUCCUCCUCAGCUCCUUCCCGCCCGCCGCGGCGGAGCGGCUCCCGUGGCCGCAGGUUCCGGGCGUGAUGCACCCGCUGAACCCCAGCCACCGCGAGGCCGUCUGGGCGGCGUGGACAGCGCUGCACUACAUCAACUCCCACGAGGCGUCCCCCAGCCGGCCGCUGGCGCUGCAUAAGGUGGUGAAGGCCGCCGCCAAGAUGAUUCCAAGACUUGGUUGGAAGUAUUACGUGCACUGUACUACUGAAGGCUACAUACAUGGGGAAAAUGCUGGGAGCUGCUUUGCUACAGUCUUGUACCUAAAGAAGUCUCCGCCUGUAGUCCAUGGGAAGUGUGUGCAUGCUCAAAAUAAGAAACAAAUCCAAGAAGAGGACCACAGAUUUUACGAAUAUCUUCAGCAUCAAAAGAAACCAAUAACUGCAAAUUAUAUUCCAGACAGCAAUGGAAAUAUUGCCCAUGACCAUCUUCAACUGUGGGGCUUGGCCAUUGUUGGCAGCAGUUACAUCAUGUGGAAGCAGUCAACAGAGCACACGGGUUACUUAUUGGCACAAGUCAGUUCUGUGAAGCAGCAGAUAAGGAAGGACAAUGCUGUUGCGUUUAAAUUCAUUGUCUUGCUCCACGAAAUUCCAACACAGCAAAUGAACGUCUGUCACAUGUACCUCGUGUGGACAUUAGGUCACCCUAUUAGAGUGAAAUACAGCUGUGCUCCAGAUAACCAUGGGCUCGAAGAUGGAUCGGGACAGGACUCUGGCUCGGCUGCUGGAACGUCUCAUGAAACGAAAGGGAAUUUUUAGAAGCAACUGUCAGCUUUAUGCACACAUUAAAUGGGAAACCUUUGUGUAACAGGCCUGAAGUUGUGAUCAUUUUUCUAUCCAAGUCUCAUUACAGUAAAUUUGAAUGUUUUCACUGGUCUAUUUGUUCCAGAAUGAACCUCUAUAGUUUCUCUAAAUUAAUGUUCUAGGGACCUACUGAAAAACUUUGCUAGCAUACACACACAGGUGAGCAUACACAGGUGAUUACGUCAUUCACUUUCUGUUACUUACAGUAACUAAGUUUCUGAACAAAAUUAAUAUAUCAGAUAAAAAUCUCAAUAAAUAUUAAUCUGUCACUAAGAGAUAUUUGCUUUUUUUUUUUUUUGAGAUAGCUACCUGCUGAUUUUUAAAUAACCUCCAAUAAAAUAAAUACCAUUAUA